AAUAUCGUCACCUAUCCUCUCUUCCUUCGCAGUGUCAAGUUUCAACCCAGGUCUGCUGUUUAAUGACAGCCUCAGCAGCCUCUCGUCUUGGACGUGCAGCACCUCAAUCAAAGAGCUGGCUUCGACAUGUUCUCUAUCACGACCGCAAGCUAAUCGCGCUCAACAAGCCUUCUGGACUCGUUUGCCAGGGGACUCUGGGCCAGUCAUUGGAGAACUCUCCCCAGGACCAUGCUUACGUAUCUGAACAGGACAAUAGGUUCAACACCUUGCUUGACGACAUGCAACACCGCUUCAAUCUCGCUCAACGGCCAAGUAGCGUUCAUCGCCUCGACAAGUCGACCACUGGUGUGCUCCUGCUCGCCAAGUCCCCUGCAAGUGCACGCGACCUCUCUACGCAGCUAGCCAAGCGAACCGUGGACAAGACGUACCUUGCACUCGUACGCGGUGGUGCACAGUCUUUUGAAGGGUCUUCUGGGGAGAUUAGAAAUGCGCUGCAGGCUGACGAGGGCCGUAUGUCGAUUGGCGACAGCUGUAGUGCACGCUUUGCAGCGACGGAUUGGGAGCUUCUAGCUUCUUCGCCCAUAUGCCCCAUUUCCCUCGUUCGGCUUCGGUUACAUACGGGCGUGAAGCAUCAGUUACGUGUUCACCUUGCACACGUCUUACAUACCCCCAUCCUCGGUGACACGACCUACAGUCGUUCACCCCUCGCACCCGCAAUAACGAAGGUCACCCCCGUUCCUCAGGACCGCGUCUUCUUGCAUGCAUCGCGGAUCGCGGUCUCGAAAUACCGGAAGCAAGGCAAGCAGAAGCAUUUCCGCUUAGACAUCGCCGCCCCGCUUCCGCACGACUUUGUCGCCAUAUGCGAGAAGGCGAAGAUUCCCCUAGGCAAGCUUGAUAUCGCUGGUGGCCUGCUUGUCGAUGGCGAGCCCACAGACCAGACCAUCGAGGACAUCGGUGGCAAAUGGCUCGGAUGAAGUUCAUUUGCUAUCAUUCAUGAUCCUCAUGUCCACAACGUGCCUUCAUUAGAGAAACGCCCUCUUUUUUAUAGCUCAAUAUGCAGGUGCGUUGAGGUGCUUGUCGAUCAAAAUUGGCUACACCCGAACCCCUCCGAGGGCUCGAUUCGACUCCAUUUUCAGGCUUAUCGUGCUCUACAUGCUACAUAUACUGUACACGGUACUACUAAUGUGCUUGUCA